CUGUAUGGCGGCCGGAUUUCCAAGAACAACCCUCACACCGAGGCCUAUGGCGUUACCGAUGAGGCAGUCUCCGCAAUGGGUAUGGCCCGCGCCAUGUCCAGCGACGACCGGGUGAAGGAGCUGUUGCGCAACCUCCAGAGCGAGCUGUUCACUGUCGCCGCCGAGUUGGCCACCGACCCGGACAAGUACGAGUUGUUCCAGCAGCAUUUCUCGCCCGUGACUCCCGAGAUGGUCGAAAAUCUGGAAAACGCCAUCGACUCGCUCGAGGAAGAUAUGACUAUGCCCACGGUGUUCAUCCUGCCCGGUGGCUCCCCCGCAUCGGCAGCAAUGGACCUGGCCCGCUGCAUUGUGCGUACCGCCGAGCGGCGCGUGGUGGCCAUGGGUGAGGUCGGGCUGCUGACCAACGAGUUGCUGGUGUCGUAUUUGAACCGCCUCGGCGACCUGCUGUUCGUGGUGGCGCGCUACGAAGACCGCGACUUGCCCAUCGAACGCGCUACCGGACAGCGGACGUAG